CGCAGACAAGGAUGCAGUCUUUGGUUGCCCCAAAUGUCAGGUUUUGACAGGGAUUUAGAACUAGUCUAGACUUUCCUGCGAGCUGAUACUGAAACGAUGGCUGAACCAAAACCGUAGUUCCGCAGUGAAGUGCGGAUCAUCAGAACGUCCUACCAUACCUUCGGGUUCGCACUAUCGGGAGAGCAUCUUGGGAGAGUCUAGCGACUGAUUUUUAUCGUGGAGAAGACCGAAGAUCUUUCUAUUCUCACUAUCUUUGAUCAAAGUUAACCCUCGGAGCCUCAACUAAAUUGGCUAACAGGGAGACUUGAGACCCCACAACCUGAGCUGUUUGCUUGUCGUAUGAUUGCGCAUGCUAGCAUGUCUCUGUUCACCUCCUUGCUUGGGACUGUUCAAGAUGUGCAUUUGAUUUGGUCAAGUUACCAAAAACUCUAUUAAGUCCUAACUGUAAGUAUUCCCAACCCCGAUGUUUGGCGUUCAACUAAGGAAAGAUAGUUGCCGCUGGCUCCGGAACGCUAAACAGGGCACUUGGUUCAAACAAUACGCUUGUUUUCUUCCCAAACCUAACCAUCUCCAACAUCUGCGCUACGUACCAUCUUGGUGACUCAAGGUUUGCUUCUUGGUAUGCAAAGCUUGACUGUGUCAUCCAGUACAAGCUUGCUCAAUAUGAUGUUACUGCUUAUCAUGCGCGGAUUGACGCCAUCGCCUCGACAAACAACCUGGUCUGGCGAAGCCUCACCAGCCUUGCCUGCAAUUAGGCUGGACCAAACAGGACUUUGACAGAUGCACCGUUCCCUCCAUGGCCUAUUGCAGAAUUUCCAUAGACUUGCGGAUGCAACAUCGCCUCCCGCUAGCUAGUGGCUUGAAGAAUUCGGCUAGAAACAUGCCUCAAAAUGGUCUUCAAGACGGUAAGAUGCAAGGGUGCUUGAAGACAUCAGCUUCACACCCUCUCUCUCUUCUCGGUCAGUGGCAGGUCUGGUACCUUGCAUCCGGCGUAUCACACCCAUGCUCUACAUACAUCAACUUCAAUUUGACACCCCCCCCAUCGCCGGCUAUGAGUUGGAGACCCUUGCCCUGCAUUUGAUCAGAUCCGCCGGGUCGGUUGGUGCAAUCCUAGCAUGUGUGAUUCACUCGCAGCUGUGAGAUAUAUCUCAUAGUGAGCCCCCCCUUGCGUCCUUCCCAUUAAUUCUGUUUUGUGAAUUUAUUUGAUUUCUUUCAACUUUGAGCUUUUUCUUUUGAUUCUCCCACGGCUUUUGAGGACUGGGCCAUGCUCGAGCUCGAAAAGUUGUUCGUGACGCUGCAGCGCCAUGGCCACUAAUAAAGAUAUUGACCUUCAUGAAGAGAACGGGUCUGUUUUGGUCGCAACAGCGAUCACUCUCUUGACACUAAGCUGGUUCUCUGUCGGGCUGCGCACCUAUACAAGGGCUGUCUUGAUGAAAAGUUUGCAGCUCGAUGACUGGCUUAUGCUCGUUGCUCAGGUAAAUUCCUCGUUACAUUACAUAGGACAACACUCACCAAGAGAUAGAUCAUCUUCACGAUAUCAUGUGCCUUCAUCCUUGAAGGUGUCCAGCAGGGAAUCGGAAAGCACAAUGACGCCAUCAAACCCGAUGAGGCUAAAGUUCAAGCCCUUAUGGUAGGCAUCCUCUUCUCCAUCGACACCCAGUCUUGGUCAGAUAUUUACUCCAUUAUAGUGGCAGGCUUUGGCAACAGCGACCUAUAUUUUGGACAUGAUGUUCAUAAAACUCAGCAUUGGUGUCUUCUUGCUCCGUUUAUGUGUCAAACGGGUCUACGUCUGGAUUAUCUGGAUCAGUCUAGCUAUUAUCAGCAUCUGGAGUAUAGUUCUCUUUUUCUGGAACUUAUUCCAGUGCAAACCAGUCGAAAUGCAGUGGGACUUCAGGAUCAAAGACGGUACUUGUGUGAGUGCAGACCAGAUCGUCUCAGCGGCCUAUGCCAUAAGUGUUAUGACAGUCGUUUCUGACUGGCUCUACGCCCUUCUACCAAUCCCAAUGCUGUGGUCGGUCAAGAUGACCAAGCAAGCAAAGGCAACUGUUAUUGCAAUUUUGGGGCUAGGUAUAUUUGCCAGUGUCGCGACCCUUGUACGCCUACGAUUCCUUGCGGAUCUUACUGAUACGGAAGAUAUUCUAUUUGCUGGAACCGAUGCCAUGGUUUGGACACUGAUAGAACCGGGUGUCGCUAUUGUUGCAUCAAGUCUAGCUACCAUCCGACCACUUCUUCGUGCUAUGAGGAUCAGAGGCUUCGAAUCGACCGAAAACACUUAUGGCACAGGCCACUCUGCUGCUGUCAGAUCAAACGCAAACCGUUCCAAGCCCGGAAUUUUGAUUAUGCCAGGCUUUGGCCCUGACGAUGUCUCACUGACCAACAUGGUAUCACAAAACAACACGAACUCCCUGUCACACCCAAACGAUAUCGAAAUCUUACCUCCUCGACACGUGGCCGACGGCCCUAUCUCACCUGGUCAAGCGAGCAUCGUUAAAAGCGAGAUCCUGGUGAUACAAGGCAAUAGCUCGCCCCCAUCGUCCUGGCAAAGUCGGAAUGAUCGCUCCGCUUCUAGCUCUUUCGACCAAAUCCACGACCUCGAGGCAUACAGCCAAGAACUCGAACGCGAUAAUAUCAGGGGCAGAGGCAGAUGAAUGGAAUUAUGAUAUGAUACCCAACGGAGAUGGAAGAGCCAGAUAUAUAGCUAUUCCUCUCUUUUUCUGUCGCGACAACGACAUCUUACAGGGGACUAUUUUGUACUUGUAUUCAUUCGGGAAAGGGAGCAACAGGCGUUAGGAAUAGGCUUGGGCUGGAACAUACAGGGAAGCAAAAUCAACAAGGUUCGCCACAAUGGGUUUGGCCUCUAAAAGGAGAGGCAGCAGGUGGUUAGUAAAAGGCUACGAGUCAACAGGGGCCUGAUAGAUGGCGCAUUGGACAAGGUUCACAGGUUUUGUUAGCCUCUAAUGUGUUUAUGAUAAUCAAGCAUUUUUACAACGCUUUCUUCAACUUUCUUGACUCAUUCAUCAUCAUCAACAUUGAUACCGAUG